GCAACUUGUUCUCAUAACCGAUCGAGAACUGAAGGUGUGCGCAUACGCGGGAAUAUCAAUCACUGUUAAUAAUUUUUUUCGAAGAUUUUUUUUUAAAAGUAGUUGUUGUCGUUGUUGUUGUGUAAAAUAUUAUUGAAUUUUGUUGUCCACGCAAGCCAAAAUCCGCAUUUCUCGAUUUUAUCGCCAAGCAAACAUAUCAUUCCACAGUGUGAAACAUUAAAAAAUAAAUUGUGCACAUUUUUGAUCUGUGAUUUGCCGUUCCAUUUCUGUUAAAAUAUUUUGUGUUUUUAUAAGCAUUUGUGAUUUUCCAAAUAAAAAAAGGACCGAAAAUGAUUAGCAUUACACUUUUCAUGAGUUUCGUUGGCAUGAGCUUGGCUGGCGACUACAUGGUUACCAAAGAUGAUUGGCUAAAAACCUGUCAAAUCGAUGAUCCCAAUUUUGAGGCCUGCUCCCGAGAGAGUAUUCAGGGUUUAUUCAAGCAAUUGACAACAGGUAUUGAGGGUUUUACAGCAAUUGAGACAAUCGAUCCGAUGAAAUUAAACCGAAUCAAGAUAUUCCAGGGUGAAGGCCCCGUUAGCAUAAAUUCUUCGCUUUCAAAAGCGUCGGUUACAGGUUUUGCCGAAACUCAAGUUAUUGAGAGCAAAGUGAAUCCAAUUGACUACAGUUGGGAGACACAUUUGUUUGUGCCAAAAAUACGCAUCGAAGGAAACUAUCAUAUGCAAGGACGUAUCUUGGUAAUUCCACUUAAUGGCCACGGAAAGUGCUGGUUUGAGCCAAAAAAUAUGGAUAUUAUAAUGAAAACAAAAACUCAUCUUUACGAAAAGGAUGGACAUGUUUUCUACAACAUUACCGGCACUCAAGUCGACUACACGCUCAGUGGUUUAAAACUACGUCUUGAUAAUUUGUUUGACGGUGUUAAGGUUCUAGAGGACAGUACCAAUCAGUAUUUGAAUGAAAACUGGCGCCCAGUUUCAGAUGCAUUGAAACCAAUCCUGGCCAAAACCAUCGAAGACAUUCUUCUUGUGAUUUUAAAUAAAGUAUUCCACUAUAUACCAGCUGAUUAUAUGAUUUCCGACAUUCCACGCCCAAGUCAACUCUAUGGUUAGACUGUGUGAUUUUUUGUAAACGAUCCCCGGGAGAAAAUGGAGACAAUUUUUGACCAUUCAAAUAUUUUAUUUUAUUAUUAUUUUUGUAAUUCAAUAUUAUUCGGAUAGUCGAUUGAAAUGUAUAAAGGAAGAUGAAAUAAA